AAGUGUUGCGGCUUUGCGUCCUCAAAGCCCGCCUCAUUCACGAUGACAUACGCUCGUCUCUUAAAGGUGGUCCUGGUGCGAUGGAACGAGCCCUUCCAGAAACUGGCCACCUGCGAUACCGAUGGCGGCAUCUUUGUUUGGAUCCAGUACGAGGGCCGCUGGUCCGUGGAGCUGGUCAACGACCGCGGAGCUCAGGUGAGUGACUUCACGUGGUCGCACGACGGCACCCAGGCGCUCAUCUCCUACCGCGACGGCUUUGUGCUGGUGGGGUCCGUCAGCGGGCAGAGACACUGGUCGUCCGAGAUCAACCUGGAGAGUCAGAUCACCUGCGGUAUUUGGACACCUGAUGACCAGCAGGUUUUGUUUGGCACCGCCGACGGACAGGUGAUCGUGAUGGACUGCCACGGGCGCAUGCUGGCCCACAUUCUGCUGCACGAGUCGGACGGCAUCGUCAGCAUGUCGUGGAACUACCCCAGCUUCCUGGUGGAGGACAGCAGUGAGAGCGACACAGAUUCGGACGACUACCCCCCACUGCAAG